AUGUUGCGGCGGAUCCAACGGAAGCAGUGGGAGUAUAUGUACGAGAUUACCCUUGAGGGUUCCGAGCGGGCAUGGUUCGAGAAGAAGUGCCGCCUCUGGGAGGCACUCGAGGAGGGCAAGCCCAUCCCCACUGACCUCUGCAAUAAGGAGCACGAGCUGCAAAGACAGAUCGACCUCGACGACCAGGAGCGAGCAAUUCCUAGGAGCAACAUUGAUGAUGAGUAUGCCAUUGCCACCACUCGGGAACCCAAGAUACUCUUGACUACAUCUCACAAUCCCAGCAUGCCCCUGACUCAAUUUGUCAAGGACCUGAAAGUUGUAUUUCUCAAUUCACAACGAAUGAACCGUGGUGGCCAGGAUGGCAAUGAUCCUGCAAGGGAUCAAACUCUAGAAGAAGAUGAACCAAAAACUGCAAUUAAGAUUGUGAAUGAUGUCAUGUCUGAGUUCAUUGGUUCAAGCCAAGUUGCCAAUAGUUCAUCUACUACACGUAUAAGAGAGCUUGAAGAAAUAGUCCAAGAACAAAGGCUGUAG